AUGACUUCUGCCGUGAUCCACCAGAAAGCAAUGUUUGGCCUCGAAGAACCGUCCGACUUUGUCCUAUACCCUGGUGUGCCGCGCGCCGAAUUGGCGAUGCAUACUUCCUUGAGGAGAAAUCCUCUGCUCGAGAGUGAACGCUCCUCCGAAUAUCUCAUGGGAACUAGUCUCGACGCUCCCUUUGCUGAUGCUUUCAUGACCACUUACGAUGCCUAUCCAUCUGCUCCUGCUUUCUCCUCAAUACCCCCUCCUGUUUUUGACGUGAAUCCAUACGGCCUGGAGAGGUCGCAGGAUGACCACUCUCAUAUCCCUUUUGGUCGGACUCCUUCGGGAUCCCCUGCUGUUUCCGCGACCCACUCGUUUGAACACCCUCCCUCCAUUCUCUCCUCCGCCUCUGGAGCAUCUAUUCCUAGUGCCGCUUCUUCCGCCAUGGGUUCUCCAUAUUCGUCGACCACGCAAACAUUUUCAGGCGUCGACGCUUGGUCUGAUUUCAGCCACGGUCUGGGUCUUGGGCCCAGCAUCGUCCACUGCGACAGCUUUGGUCAGGAAAGCUUUACUACAGCUGCGCUCGAUCAUGAUAUUAUCUGGUCCACUGAUAAAGCUCAAGCGGGAUUUGUUGACCCGUCACUCAUCCAGCACCUGCAGACCCCGAUGUCUCAGGCUACCGUUACCGAAUCAUAUCCUGGCGAGAUUCCGUCGUUUCAAACCUCGCAGAUGCCCAUAGUUCAACCUACCUCCCCCACGCCAUCUGAUGCCUCGUCGCAUAGUCGACAUCGGGGAUCAUCCAAAUUCAAAACUGGAAACCAGUCUCCACAUCUACGUACUCCAUCUUUCCACCCCUACCAGCACGGGUCCGGUGCCAGACGUCUCUCGAUCUCAUCAAGUCAUUCCAGAAUCUCCCAUGGAAGCCCGAGGUCGGGCAGCCUGGAAUUUGAGGACGAUGAGAAGGAAGGCCGACGAUGUCCUAAUCCCGAAUGCCGGAAGGUGUUCAAGGACCUCAAGGCUCAUAUGCUUACCCACCAGAGUGAGCGCCCCGAGAAAUGUCCCAUUGUGACCUGCGAGUACCAUCAGAAGGGUUUCGCCAGAAAAUAUGACAAGAACCGGCACACCCUGACCCAUUACAAGGGGACUAUGGUGUGUGGGUUUUGUCCGGGAUCAGGCUCUUCAGCUGAGAAGAGCUUUAACCGCGCCGAUGUAUUCAAACGCCAUUUGACGUCUGUGCACGGCGUGGAGCAGACACCCCCGAAUAGUCGCAAGAGGGCAUCUACUGGCGCUUCUAGCAAGAAGCCACAUGGUUAUUCGCACGAUGCAACUGGCAAAUGUUCAACUUGUUCUGGUACUUUCAGCAAUGCUCAGGACUUUUAUGAACACUUGGACGACUGUGUGCUUCGGGUUGUCCAGCAAGAAGAUCCGAGCGAAGCGACCAAUGAACGACAUCUGGCAUCCAUGGAAGGGGAUGAGGCUCUCAAGGAGACUCUUGACAGACAUGCACUCCCCUCGGGUGGCUCCCCCGCGUCACAGGGUGAUCGCUCUGGCGACGCAGAGGAUGAUGAGGCCGACGAUGAUUGGAAGGAGGAAGACAUUGACGGUGCCGUUACAUCUGGUCGCUCAGCUACCGAUCGUGGCUUUUCUGGCCCUGGCGCGAUCAAAUCGAGCGGAGUGCCUCUUGUGAGCAAAGGUCGCAAGAAGAGAAAAGACUAUCCUCUGUCAUGGGGUUGUUCGGCUGACAAGAUGAAGAUGAAGAAGAGGGUGCUUUGCAUCUACGAUGGCCCAAGACGUCUAUGGAAAGAUGAUUUGAUGCUUGACAAUGAAUUUGAGGUCCGCAUGCGUCUUGGCGAUGGCAAGUCAUAUGUGACUGAUCUCGAUGUUCAGACCAUGAAGAGAGCAGAGGCCUUCCACGGGGCCACUGAAGAGGAAAAAGGCCCCUGGAUCGAGGAUGAAAUCGCUCCAGUUGAUAUUCAAGAACUCAUGUCUUGA